AUGCGAUUAUCGCGUAGCAAUUACUUCCUACGUCAAAAAUGCAUCAUUUUUCGUCAAAAGUGUAAAUUGACGGAGAACAGUCCCAUUCGUGUACGUUUCGCUCCAAGUCCUACAGGUUUUAUGCAUUUAGGCGGUUUACGUACUGCCUUAUUUAACAAGUUGUUUGCUGUGAAACACUCGGGGAAAUUCAUACUGCGUAUUGAAGAUACGGAUAAGUCCAGAGUUCAACCAUAUGCUAAGGACGAUAUUAUCGAGUCGCUUCACUGGUCUGGACUAACUCCUGACGAAAGUCCAACCACUGGUGGAAAUUAUGGUUCGUACAUUCAAUCGGAAAGAAGACCCCUGUAUUCAUCUAUUGCUCAAAAGUUAAUUGAUGAAGGAUUUGCUUAUCGAUGCUUCUGCUCUUCAGAACGACUAGCUAUCUUACGCAAGGAACAAAGUCGUCGUAGGGAACCUCACCGUUAUGAUAAUCGUUGCCGUAAUUUAUCUCAAAGGGAAAUCGACGAAAACUUAUCAGCUUCUCGGCCAUAUGUUAUUCGGUUCAAGAUUGAUAAUUCACCAAUAGAAGUAAAUGACAUCAUUUAUGGAAGUUCUGUCUUCAAUUCACUCAAUUCUGAAGGAGAUUUUAUCAUUGUGAAAUCCGAUGGUAUGCCUGUUUACCAUUUGGCCAACGUAAUUGAUGAUCAUUAUAUGGAAAUCAGUCAUGUUAUUAGAGGAUUUGAAUGGUUUACUUCCACGCCUAAGCAUUUGAUGCUAUACAAAGCUUUAAAUUGGUCACCUCCACAGUUUGCACAUCUUCCUCUGUUACUUUCCAGUUCAGGUGGUAAACUGUCUAAACGUAGUCCAGAAUUCUCUCUUAUCGGUAGUGUUCACAAUUUGCGUAAGGCUGGUUAUAUGCCGUCUGCCGUAUUGAAUUGGUUGACAUCCACCGGAGGUGGUGUCUGUCAUGAUGAUUCUAACGAAAAGGGCGACUUUUCGAAUAAGUGGAGGCCUGAAUUUGAAUUCUCUGAAUUAGUUUCUCGAUUCAACUUAAGUAAUAUCAAUCGUCAUAACGCUCAUUUAUCAACAGAUUUGUUAAAAAUAUGCGGCCAAUUUCAUUUUGAUAAAGCUGUAAACAAUGCAUUGGAUUAUUGUAUAAUGCAUCAAAAGCAAAGUAAUCAGACCACUUAUAAAACUCCACAAAUACUAGAAACAAUUAAAGAAUAUCUGCAGUCAAAUGUAGAAAACCUAUCGAUUGGUAAAAGUCAAUCUGCUCAAAAUGAUUUGCGUGUGCUGAAACGAUUGCAACUCUUGAAAUGUCGUAUUCACUGUUUAGAUGACUUAGUCGACCCCGAUAAUGGUUUCUUAUUUAUGUGGAAGUCUCCAGAUUUAGCUACUUGUGAAGGCGUUAUCACUAAAAUUUCUAUCAAAAUACCUUUACAAGAUAUACUCAGAUUGUUUGGAUGUUUUGUUGAAGAAAUGAAUCAUAUUCUUCAGAAAGAACAAGUGAAUGAUAGCACAGAUUUAAACUCCGAUGUGAUAACAACUUCCCUUCAGAGUGUCUGCGAACAUUCAGGAGUUGAACGUAAGACUGUAUUGCACCUAAUUAGAUUAGGCCUUAUAGGAUUCGAGGUGGGGCCUCCUGUGGUCGAACUUAUUCAAUUGUUGUCCAUACCAGAAGUGACUAAUCGGAUAAACAAUCUAAAGAAUUUUCUAAUACGGAACUGUUUUCAAUCUCAUGAAGCUUUGUAA